GCAGCAUUUACUUGAGCGAAGAAGAAGAUGACGAUUGCAAAUAGAAGAGCGUAAACCUUGUUUUAUUGGCCAGGAAGGUUGUUUUCAAAAUAACAGUAUAAAAAUAGACUUUUAAAAAUCAUUAUUAUGUCAUUCAAUGUAACUUUGGAUUGUCAGUGUGAAAGGUGUCAAUAACUGAAAUCGUACCAUUUCUAAAGGGUAUUACACUUGAGGAAAAUAUGAUGUAUUGUCCAUCUUGUUAUGAUAUCAACACCAUGAUGUCGAAAUGAUUGCUGCACAAAAACUUCAAAUCAGUGUCUCUUUCUUUUUUGUAGGACAAUGCUACGUUUUGUUUAUGUAUCUCUUCCUGUAUAUCAAGAAUAUUGAGACAGAGAGAGAAUAUCCGGAUCGGGUCGGAGUUUCGUACCUCUUUUUUAUAUAUAUAUAUCUGUGCCUGAGAUAUUAUCAUAGAAACUGUAUGAUUAUACUGUUGUAUUCAGGUGCACGCAAUGAUACAUAUGAUUCCCUAGCCUAAACUAAAUAGAACUCUAAACGCGGCUGUUUCGACUAGUGUAACAGGGAAAAAAUUGUACAACAGUAUCAUGAUUUAUGACGACGACCAUAACAACAACAACAUUUUCUUUUAUAUGAUAUUCAAAGAAUAGUCAAAUAUCUCCG